AUGGUGCAAACCAGCAGCCAGUCCAUUCCCAGCCCCGACAGAGUGGAUGUGACCCUGGACCCAAACACGGCACAUCCCAAACUUGUCCUGUCUGAGAAUCAGAAACGUGUGAGACAAGACACACGACAGGAUCUGCCUGGCAUCCGUGAGAGAUUUGAUCCUUCUCCCAGUGUCCUGGGCUCUGAGGAGUUCACGGGCGGGAGGCACUACUGGGAGGUGGAGGUGGGAGAUAAGACGAGCUGGGACCUGGGUGUGUGCAGGGAGUCUGUGCGCAGGAAGGGACAGGUCACACUGUCACCCAACAAUGGAUACUGGACUGUGUGGCUGCGGGAUGGGAGAUAUAUGGCCAACACCACCCCCAGGACCUCCCUCCCCGUGCAUGUGCAGCCGAGGCGGGGGGGGGUUUUCCUGGACUAUGAGUUGGGCGAGGUCUCGUUUUACAGCGUGACCGACAGGUCCCAUCUCUUCACUUUCACCUGCACCUUCUCUGGGACCCUGUGCCCUUUCUUCAGCCCUUGUGACAAUGACGGGAGCACCAAUGCAGCUCCCCUGAUCCUGGUCCCAGCCCAGCUCUGA